UGUGCGCGGCGGAGAGCAGCGCGAGGAAGCGCUGAAGGCGGCGGGAGCGCGAGCUGCGGAGCGCGAGACAGCGAGAUGACCACACGGUACUCGGAUGAGUAAAAGCUCCAUCGUCCAGCAGGCGCGAUGAUAGCCACAGGCGGCCUCCUGAGGAUUACCCGGCGCCAGGAUUCACUGCGCACCAAGAACCGGGCAGAAAACAAGCGAAGGAGGAAAGCCAGAAAAAAGAGGAAGAAUGACAUUGUUGUAGUAAAGGGGAAGCUGAACCUGUGCUCUGUUUCAGGCAUGGCAGCUGCGUUCGGAGUCCUGGUCUUGAUGGUGGGAAUAGCCAUGGCAGUCCUGGGCUACUGGCCCAGAGAGAACCUGGCCCAUACUGUCAGCUUACAGAGGGUGAAGCCUGUGAGACAACCGGGCAACUCGACCAGAAACUCUCAACAGGGUUCAAACAUCACAAGCAAUAAUAAGCUACAAGCACAGUUGAAUGGCAGUGAUGCUACAAUUAACUCUACCAAGCCCAUUCCUCCUGCUUCUCGACAUGUUGGGUUCUUUGAAGACUUCUUUUCCAACUACCAGUACUCAGACAACCUCAAAGUGUUCGGGCCACUGGUCAUGGGCAUUGGCAUCUUCCUGUUCAUCUGCGCCAACGCCGUGCUACACGAGAACCGUGACAAGAAGACAAAGAUCAUCAACUUGAGGGACAUUUACUCUACCGUCAUUGACAUCCACAGCCUACGGUCCAAAGACUGUGCUCCUUUCAAUGGGCUGUUGAGCAGCUCGCAAUCCAGGACCAGUGACAAGCCAGGCGCAUAUGGCAACCCCAUGCCUUCCAGGGGUUCCUGGCCAUCCAGUAUAUCCUGCAAAGGCCUGGACUUUCCUGGACUAAGGAGGCCCUCCUGUGCCAGGAAAUGCAGCUGGUCGAGGGAAAGGCAGUCGCUUACUGAUACAAUAUACAGCAUUUACAGGGACCAGGCCAGGUUUGAGGAGCCAAACUCCACUCCAAAAGACUGGGAAACUCGCUCCAUAGUCGCUUCUUCGGUCAACGCGUUCACUUUGCCCGUGAUCAAGCUCAACAACCGUGAAAUGGAGGCCAGAGAGAGAGACUCUUCUGGGGACAGAGUCCCUUGCAGUCCAAAAGAGGAGCUGCAGUCAUCAAGCCAGAGCUCCACAGAGCUAAUCAGUACUUCCGUGCAAACCAAGGCGGAAGUUUCAAGGCCGGCUUUGUCAGCAUCCCAGGACUCUAAACUUUCAAGUGAGGUUCAGGUAGGAUCGAGAGCACACCAACAGCAGCAGCUGCUGCAGCCUAGCCCUGGGGUUAGGAUCUUAGGUUCCCACCUGUCCCUGAAUGCUCUUUCCGACCUGGCUGGCGGACGCCAGGAAGAAAGGUCUCGGAGGUUCAGCUGUCCGAGGCUCGACCGCUCAGGCAGCAAGGGCUACAUCAAGCUGGCCGAGCUUGGAGGAGACUCAUUUGAGGCCCCAGAUGGGGCGGCGGAAACAGGACCUGCAACUGGACCUGAAGAGGCACUGUUACAGCAGGAGGAAUGUGUCAUGAUUGCACAGGCCCUCCCCUGUAUCUCUCUCACACAACUUCAUACCGAUGUUGUGCCAUCAAACUUUGGUACAACCGAUGCAGACAUGGAGCCAAAGGCGAAUCUCUGAGAGACAGACAGAGCAGACGGUCGGAAAGUCUGGUUCAGCCAUGAAAGCAAGAUGUAGUCUUUGAUUUUUCAGGCUUAGAGACAAUUAGCAUUUUCAUGUAUAACCGAGGUGUGGUUGGUCCUGUCAGUGAGCCUGUAGCAUAUCUGAGAGAAGGUUUUGAUAACAUUUGUACAGAACUCAACACCCCUAAGUACAUAUAUAAAGUAUAUUUGAUUAAAACCUACAAGACUGGAGAUUCAAUCCAGCAUUCUGAGGAGAUGGCCACAAUUUUUGUCCGAGGUCGCAGCCAGUAGAUUACUCCAAGAGUAGAAAAACAAGUCGUUCUUGUGCCUUUCUAUGAUUUGUUAUAUGCUGUUUUGUCUUACACUGAAGUAGUGUUGCCUGUUGAGUAUUUUUUAAUGUAAUAAUUCAUGAGCAAUUAAUAAUUCAUGAACUAUUUAGUCUAACUAAAGAAUUAUUGAUGUGUUUUCCUAAAGUUUCACCAACUUUUGUUGCACAAAUGACUCUUGCAGAUCCUCUACAUCAGAUAGUGAAAAGAAAAAAUAACAUAAAUGGGUAAAUGAACCUUCAUAUAUUUUCCCUUUGAUGUACAGCCUAUAAUUAUGCAACCUCAUGUGUUUUUUUCACAUUUAGUAUCUGGAUAUUGUUGUAAAAUCAAACCAGCAAUAAGUGCUAGAUCUGAAUUCUCAGGUGUCACCUGGCUUGCAAACUACGAAGGCCAUAAAUUAAACAUUCGUUUUUUCUUUCUUAUAGGUAAGUUUGUGUUUUGCUUUGGGAUAUUUUAAGUGUACAUCCUAACAAUGUCAUACACAGCUGUCACUGAUCAAGAGUUAAAAACAAUAAAAAAUAAUUGAGUUAAUUGUUA